GUUUGCCGCCUGUUAAUGGCAGGCUGUCGAUGUUCGUGUCUGUGCUAGUUGAAUGAAAGCUGCAAGCCAACCUAGAGAAGACGUGGGCAAGUAUCGGCUGUGGGUGCAUUGUCCAGGUUUGCUUGAGAGCCAGCUUACGGAGUACUUUGGACAGUUUGGCAAUAUUCUGGACAUCUACCUGCCGCGCGAUAGACACAACGGUGCUCGGAAGAAUUUUGGCUUUGCAACGUUUGAGAAUGAGGAAGGACUGCAACGCACACUGGCGGCAGGCACGGAGCAUAUAAUUGCAGGCAAGACGGUGCGAGUGAAUGUUGCCGGCCCCCGCCCGGAGCUACCCCUGCUAUACUUGCAGCAAGGCCGCGUGCAGCAGGCUCCCAUGGGGCCGCCUUCCGCAGGUGGCAUGGCAGGGGCAGAAGGGGGCAUUGGGGGACCGGCGGUAGGGGGGGAUCCCACCGCAGCCGCCAACCGGGGAAGCGGCCCUCGCAUCUAUGUGGGGGGCAUCCCCACAGCCGUCUCAGAGACCAUGGUCCGCAACCACUUCACGCAGUGGGGGCAGGUUGUUGACGUGUACUUCCCAAAGGACAAGUACCUGAACCGCCGCAAGAACUUCUGCUUUGUGACGUUCGCAACGCAGCAGGCAGCGGAGAAGGCGGCGGCGCAGAGCGACCGGGAGAUAAAUGGGUACCGGAUAGAAUCCAUCUCGAUCACCCACGACCGCCAGGAGCACUACCAGCGCCAGUCCAUCAUGACCUCGCAGGUGGGUCCCUCAGGAAUUGGAGGCAGGGGGCAUGGGCCGGCUGAGAGGGGAGGAAUGCGAUGGAUGGGCACUGCCAGAGGUGGAUAUGGCGGCGGAGGCGGCAGCCCGAACGCCGGCGGCAUGGCCGCCCUCAGCGUGCCCAUGGCGGCGAUGAACAUCGGGGGUCAGGUGGGCGGCGGCGGGAAUGCGCGAUGGGCUGCGGCGGCUGGCGCGGGGGGGAAUCCGUAUCUUUACGGGGUGAUGGGCGGCGCCGUAACGGGCGGCUACGGGGAGAUGCAGCAGCAGUACAUGCUGCCCGGGGGCGUUGCCUAUAGCUCCAUGGAUGCCAUGUUUGGCGUCGGCGGACAGAUGGCACAAGGUCAGCUGGGAGCCAGGGAGCACCUGGGGCUGGACACGGAGACACUGCGUUACAUGGACCCCCAGGGGGCGCUAAGCUACGAGCAGCUAGGGUAUUCUAUGAUGCACGGCAGCGGCAGCACCAUCGGACAGGACGGCUCAAUCCCCACUAGCCUGGUGGCGGCCGGCGGCGGCGUUCCCUAUGGCGGAGCCUAUCUUGGCGCCAGCCCGGCCGGCAGCAGGUGGCAGCCGCCGGCGCCGGGGCAGGAGCCGGCCCUGGCCGCGCCAACGGCGCUAACUCACCUGCCGCAGCAGCACAGCCUCAGCUCCCUCGGCAGUAGCGGCAGCGCUAGCGCGGCCGCCGCGCUGGCCGACGCGCACAGCGGCCAGCUGGAUGCAGACGCCGCGGCGGCGGCCGCGGCCGCCGCGCAGAUGCUGGCGGCCAGCCGGGCCGGAAGCUUCCCGCAGCCGCAGCAGCCGCAGGGGGCCCCCGGGGGGCCUGCUCAGCGGGCAGGCUUCCCGGGCAGCCGCCAGCAGCAGCCGCGCGGCGGCCAGUACCGGUGACUGCUUGAUCACCGCCGCGCCCUCCACGCUGCUUCCAUUUGCUUGAGCUGCAGCAGUGAGGGGCCCUCGUCUGCACAUGCAGUGCAAAAGAGAUGAUGCGAAAUCAGCUGCGGCUCAGGCAUGUCACGAUGAAACAGCAUCUGCAGCCAGCCUGGAUGACAAGAGGAGUGUCUGCCGCAGUCUGUGAUACAUGAUCUUUGGAAGCAGUGAUGCGCUCAGACCAGGAAAGUUAGAGAUCAGCUAUUCUGCAAGGAUCAAUGAUUGAGAACGGAGUAAAUAUGCAGACGCUUUCAUGCAAAGGGUGUCUGCACUAUCGUCCGGGCUGUGCUCGGUCCACAGAUUCGGGCUGUGACAGGUGCACUACACCCGAUCUCUGAUGCUGCUUUUUGUAGCGGCUUCAGAGGUCUCAGGGGUUAUGAAUAGGUUGCUACAGGCCUCCUGAUAGCUUCUGUUGUGAGGGUGUGUCUCUGGGGGACUUCCUAGAGCUGUCUGAUCGUAAGAGGAUUUGCAGGAUUCCUAUCGGCCUGCCAGGGGAUAUAGAACUCAGUGCUCUUGCUAGUCAUUUUCUAGAGCACCCGGAAAAGAACUACGUUGUG